CAUUCUGCACUGCUUCCCUCUCAUUGUGUUUGCCUUUCAUUCGGCAUAUCUCAUGGACGAGGGUCAGGUGAGAAUUACACCGGAGAUUGGGUGGAUCGAUGAGUUUAACAAAGUUCACAAAUUCCAGUGAGUUGCCACAUCCAAGGGGUCCCUCGUGAUGGUUUUGCUGCAGACCAGGAACAUCUCGAGGAGCAUCGUCCAAUCCGGGAAGUGUUUCUACCAUGUGCUGGCCCGCGUUUGCAGGAGUUCCCAGCGGAUCCCCAACACCAGCUACCUGAACACCGAGAGCAAUGUGGAGCAAUUCCUUCAGAGCAGUUCCUGGCUGAGGAGCAGUAUUCUGUUCGUGGAGAAGACUCAGCCCAUUUGCAAGGAUAGCGAGAAUCCGAAGUUGGAUGGGGAGAGUGGGGUGUCCGGCCACUGGAACAUUGUCCUUGAAAUGGAGAGAAGUUUACUGCGGAUGAUCUGCUUGAUCGCAGACCUCCUCCGUCCCGUCUCGCCAGAAGUCUUGUUCAAAAUCCUGAAUCCGUUUGGUCAUUCCUGGAACAUGGCGCAGGAGGAUUUAGAUGAAGAGCUCUCGGUGACCUGUACAGAGAUCUCCGACAUGCAGCCGCUUCAACUGGGGCCCUUGGGCGACUGAGUUGGAUGGGAGACUCCAUCCCAGCACCAGAUUUCCACAGGGGCUUGCAAUCUAUUAUCCUGGUCGUCCGAUCACUAGACUUACAAAUUUCCCAUGACAGUUGUAUUUAAAUUUGGAGAAAAUAUAUUUUUAUUA